CAUGAAUAUCUUACACGUGAAAGUCAUUUUUCCAGUUCUAUUAAAUGCAGCGUGUAGUUUCUUUGGACAUCCCACAAUGCAUAGCAGCUAAAGCUAAGUGGUUGUUUCCAUAGAGACACAGCAGUCGGUUGCAGGAUGCUACCUGGAUGAAAAGCUUUUAAUUGCCCAAAAACAAGGACCGGCUGCAGAGAUGUCUCACUUGUCAGCUGAAGAUGAGGUGGAGUUGCAGUCUUUGCUCAAGCAGCUUCUGAGAAGCGUCAGUGACAGGAUCUCUGGCGCUCCGUCGACUGAAUGUGCUGAAGAGAUUCUUCUUCACCUGGAGGAGACUGACAAGAAUUUCCACAAUUAUGAGUUUGUCAAGUACCUCCGUCAGUAUGUGGAAAGCUCUCUGGGGACUGUCAUGGACGAGGAAACCAAGGACCUGACCAGAGGAGAUGGACAACAUGCAAUUGGCUCAGGUCACGACACCCUGAUCCAUGCUGUCACCCGAAGGACCAGAGACUCAGCUGAGUACGAGCACAUGAUGCAGACCUUGAAAAACACCAUGAUCAUGGUUGUGGAGUCUUUAAUCAACAAGUUUGAGGAAGACCAGAUGAGGAAGGAGGAGAUGCAGAAGCAGCACAGUCAGUCAAACAGCCAGUACAUUGACAACUGCUCUGAUAGCGACUCCUCCUUUAACCAGAGUUAUGCAUUUAUCAGACAAGAACAGCUUCAAGUCUUGGCUGAAAAACUUGACCCCAGCAGACCCAAAGAGGUGCGUUGGGAGGCUCUUCAGGCCCUCUGCUGUGCCCCUCCCUCUGAUGUGCUGAGCUGUGAGAGCUGGAGCAGCCUGCGCAGGAAUCUCUGUGCAGCUCUGACUGAGCCCGACCCAGACUUGAGUGAUAAUGUUUUGCAGUUCUUUGCUAAAAGCUUCUCCUCCUCUCCUAUGAAUGUGACACGAGAGAUCUACACCAGCUUGGCCAAAAGUGUGGAGUCAAGUUUUCUGUCUCAGAAGCUUAGCUUCCCAUCAGGCUCAGCUACCAUUGACAUUAACAGACCUGAGAUUGUUCGUCUUCUCAAACAGAUUCGAUUGAUGAAUGACUUUCAGAAGGAGGUGACAACCUUUUGGAUCCGUCAUCCAGAGAAGUAUAUGGAGGAAGUUAUAGAGAGCACCUUCUCCCUGUUGUCCUUCCAUCAAGAACAUGGCUCAGCUUCUCCCAGGACAGAGAAAGCCCUGGAACCAAUUCAUUUACUGGCCUUACUGGAUAUUAAAGCUACCUGGUUUAAAAAGUGGAUGCAUGGCUACUACAGUAGGACUGUGGUUCUAAGACUCCUGGAGAGAAAAUACAAGGCCUUGAUUGUUGCAGCUCUUCAGCAGUGUAUUCAUUACAGUGAAUCCUGUGAACGCUUCACAAAUGAGACAACUGAUCCCCAGUCAGCAGAGCAGCAGAGCACUGUCCAGAGGAGUGUUUAUUCGGGAAGGGAGCUUGAAUAUGCCUUCUUUGUCCACUCUUUGUGUGUCCUGGGAAAACUCCUCAUCUACACCAAUGGAAGGAAACUGUUUCCCAUUAAAGUGAAGAAACGCAAAGAUCCAGUCAGCCUGACGGACCUGGUCGUCAUCCUGAUUAACAUCAUGUACCAACACCCCAAGCCUCCUCACACUGAUACCUCACACACAGACUCCUUGUCGCCCAGCAGUCUGGUGAUGGAGGUGCUGUGGAUGCUGUGUGAGAGAACAGAGUGUGCUGCAGAGUGUCUCUACCAGACUGCUGUCAUAGAGACACUGCUGGCUCCUGUUAUAGCUCUGCUCGAUGGACAGAAGGCCAAAUUAAAGUCUCCUGCAGCUACACUGACUCUCAUUGCUGACAUUCUGGCUCGCAUCGCUAACACUGACAGAGGAUUAAAUCUUUUCUUAUAUGAGAAGAAUCUCCUUGUGGCUCACAGUGAGAGAACCUUUGCUGCUCUUGCCAUUGUGCAGUUUACCCUGAAGCUGCUGGAUAAGGAGCUGUCAUCACUAAUUGAAUCCGACACAUCCCAUACAUUGUGUGGAGCUUUUAUCUUUGUCUGUAGGCAGAUAUACAACACCUGUGAAGGUCUACAGGUCCUGCGACCCUAUGGCCUGCACAAGGCUGUAGCUGCUGCAUGGAAAAAGAGCAGCUCCUUGUCAGAAAGGAUACCAACCCCGGUACCUGGGGCCACUGCAGGAGCCUCCACCCAGGAACUACAGAACAUGCUCAUCUGGGAGGAGACAUUGUUGGACAGCCUGCUGAAUUUCGCUGCAACACCUAAAGGCCUGCUGCUGCUCCAGCAGACAGGAGCCAUUAACGAAUGUGUCUCCUAUAUGUUUUCUCGCUUUACUAAAAAACUACAGGUGAGCCGCUGUGAGAAGUUUGGAUAUGGAGUGAUGGUGACACAGGUGGCAGCAACUGCUCCAGGGGUGGUGGCUUUGCACUCUUCAGGUUUUGUCCGGGCACUGGUGAUCGAGCUGUGGUCAACUCUGGAGUGCGGAAGUGAAGAUGUGAGGGUGGUCCGUCCCAAACCGACACCCAUGGACCCCAUCGACAGGAGCUGCCUCAAGUCCUUCCUGUCUUUGGUCAACCUGCUCUUCUCUUCCCAGUCAGUAUGGGAGCUGCUGGGCCGACAGCCUUUAGCCAACAAGAGUGAAUACACCCUGAGAGAAAUGCCAACCUCGAUUCCUGAUUUGAUUGACAGGCUGAUUGCUGUGAAUUCAGAUGCAAAGAUUAAUUCCGUGUUCCACUACGAGCAGUCUCACACAUUUGGCCUCAGACUGCUCAGUGUGCUCUGCUGUAGUCUGGACUCAUUUCUGCUGCUGGAGAGCCAGUACAACAUCUGCUCCAUGCUGCUGCAGAGUCAGAGGGAGAACGUCACUGAGCCUGACACCAGUGAGGGGGAGUUCAUCAUAGACAGUCUGUCAGUGGAGAGGAAUCAUGUGCUGGUUCGUGUUAGUGUGGUGGGAGGGCCAUCUGAGAGAAGGCUUCCUCCUCGAGCUCUGCAAGAGGGUGAAGAUCCUUACCCCUGGCCCAUGUUUUCAAGCUACCCUCUACCUCACUGCUACACCUUGGACCCACCAAAGAUCAUCCAUGACUCACAUGACUCUGAGAUCAGUGCAUUUUUGGCAUCAUCUACAGACACAAAGAGCGACGAGAGCUGGAUGGCGAUCUGUCGGAGGCAGUACUGCAAACUUAUGACCUCCAAAUCCAGCAUCCUAACUGGAAAAGUGCUGGCUGACCUUCUGGAGAAGGUUGUGGCCCAUCUAUCCAGCUCUGCCACAGAGUGCUUCUUCUCUCCAGCUCAGUACAAAGCAGAGGAGAAGAGUGUGAAGAGUGCUGUAUUAUCAUCUGUGGAACAGCUGGGAAUCAACACCUGUCUCAGGUACGGCAGCUACCUCAAGCUACUGAAAGACGAUGCUCUGCACAACCUGACGCUGCUAAUGAAGCACAUAAAGAUCUUCUUGUCCUCGCAGAGAGUUAAAACGUCUUCUGAGCUCAUCACUCAGCAGGAUGGUUAUCCAGGACACGACUGGCUGGCCUCCACAGUCUUCCUCAUCAUGGCAGGAGACAUGGACCGAUCUCUGCGUUUGUUACUCAACCUCUCCUCUCUGCUUACCUCUGCAUUCAUCUGGCCUGCAAGGAUACAUGCAUCUGUCCAUGUCCCUGUGGGAGUGGCUGAAUCAGGAAUCCCUCCUGUCUACUGGUGUACAGCUCACUAUGUGGAAAUGCUGCUGAAAGCUGAGGUUCCUCUGGUCCACUCUGCCUUCAGGAUGUCUGGUUUCACCCCAUCACAGAUGUGCCUCCACUGGCUGACUCAGUGUUUCUGGAACUAUCUGGACUGGACAGAAGUCUGCCACUACAUCUCCACCUGUGUGCUGAUGGGUCCCGACUAUCAGGUUUACACGUGCGUGGCCAUAUUCAAACACCUGCAACCAGACAUCCUGCAGCGCACACAGUCCCAGGAGCUGCAGGUCUUCCUCAAGGAGGAGCCGAUCCAGGGCUUCAAGGUCAGCGACUACCUGGAGUUCAUGGAGGGACUGGAGAGAAGCUACAGAGACACUGUUCUCACUGACAUGAAAACUAUAGGAAACCCUGCGGAGUAGGAACAUGCUGAAUCUCCUAAAAAAAAACUCCUAAUCUGCCUUAACUUCACUGAAGCUCAGUUUAUAUUCAGAGAGUAACUCUAACUAUCUAACUGACACUGAAGGCUGUUGUUCAAACACAGCAUUUCUCCCUCAGACUCAGUGUGGACUGCGACUCACUGAAUAUAUACAGUGUGUUUACCAUGUUUUCCUGCUGAUCAAACAGUUCAGUGAAGUCAUACUGGGCAGAUGGGGAUGUAUCAUGGAUGAGAGCUUCGCCAGCAGAAUUAAGAUGCUUCGAUUUGUGAUGACACUGGUGGAAAACUGAAUUUAGGGCGCGAUUGUACAAUAUCCUGAAAUGACUAGCCUGGUUUCUGCUGUUAACAUAAGCACCAGAGAGAAAAACCCCGUGGAGACAUAAGCUAAGACAUAAUUAGCAUGGAGCAUUAACAAGAAGUCCAACAUUCUUAAACUCUGCAUAAAAGUAUCUCAUUAUCAUCAUCAUAUCAUAACCACACCACAAAAACCUGUAGAGAACUGAACUCUAUAACUCCUGUUUGCUCUGUGGAAUUAAAGGAUAAGUCUGGUGAUAUUCUAUAUUUUUCUUAUUGUCACUAAAUCCCAUGAAAAAAUGAAUGAAAGAUUCUCCCCUCGUGUUUUCCUGUUGAGCUGCAGCAACACAGAACUUUUUUUAAAAACUAAAACCUAUAUAUAUUUUUGUACAGAAUAAAUUUUGUCCUCCGUCACUUAUACUGGAAGCACAUUACUGUAGAACUCUAUCCUUCAAGCCACACUGUUUGCACUGACUGAUUCGUUCCUUCAUCAACAAGAACAUCAGCACUGUUGUCUUGUUUGUUGAGUCGGUGCCAAAAAUAUUAAUCUGCAGCUCUGAGUGGUCCCAACAAUCAUCUCUUUUUAUGCUAAUUACUCUUGUUUUGAGGAACAAUUGCAAAAAACUACAUUGAACACCUGUUUUGAGAAAGUACUGAGUCUUCGACAGCUGCACCAGCCAUAUGAAUGAGACUGACUUGUUAAGUGAUGAAGUUAAACCAUUGUCUGACAACAGACAGAAAAACAUGUCUAUGAGAAUUCAGCUGUAUUAAACACUGUGAGCUCAGAGAGGAGGAGAGAGCUGAAACAGCUGACACCAGGCAGAAUGGAAAUGUGACAUAUAUAGUAGGUUUUAACCUGGUCUUAUUUAAAAAUGAAACCUCAUGUCUGGUUUUAAAGAUUCCAUAGGAUCAAAUGGGCUUGAGGGCUGCAGGAUGAGACUGUGUGGACACUCAGAGACCGUCUCUCUGUGGGGUUUGCUGUGUUUUUGUGGAAUUUGCUGACGAUAAGAAAAAUACAGAAAAGCUCCUGUUUUAUCCUCUAAUGGAGUCACAGGUUGAAGAUUACAUGAUAUCUAACUACAACACACAAUUUAAUAGUUUCACAUAUUAUACCUGUAAGAAGUUGUACAUUACUGUAUAUGAUGGAAAUACUGUACGUGUUGAUUAUGAACAUUCUGUAUUUUUUUCUACAAUGUGAAUAUUUACAUUUCUAAGAUCUUUUCUGUGUGUUUCUUAAAUAUUUCUUGUUCUAAUUAUUUAAACUCUCAGUUACAAACGUGAAUAGAUUUUGAUGUAACAUGAAUUGGUAUCUUCCACUAAAGAACGUAGAAGAAACUAUAUAUUUGUCCAGACAAAUAACAACCUCGUGAAUGUUGUUGAACAUCAGCUCCUCUGUCGGCCGGCACAGACUCACAGUCUCAUGGCCACCUCACACAUCAUUAAUGCCAGUACACGAAACAAUGCAUCACACUGCCUCUCCUGUUUGUGUACUUAUGCAGGCUUUUGUAUGAAAGAUGCAUGAGGAAGCUUGUAUCAUUGUGAUAAACUCUCAUUAGUAUCCACA